AUGAGUAAUAUAAUAACCCAAAGACAAGAAAAAAGUAAAGAUUAUCUGCAAGGUGACUUUGAGGAGGCUUUUGAAGAUCCUGUUAUCCAAAAAGAUCCAGAAGAGGAUGACAAUUUCAUCUUUAUAAAAAAUGAAAUAAAGAUUGAAGAACCAGGAAUAAAUAACUGCGGUAUGUGUGACGAAAAUUUGUGCCUUAAUUCAGAAACCAGAAGUAAAUAUUUUCUGCAUGAUGAAUUUGAAGAAGCUUUUGAAGAUCCAGAAGAAGAAGACAAUUUAAUCUUUAUCAAAGACGAGAUAAAGAUUGAAGAACCAGAAAUAAGUAACUGCGAUAUAUGUGACGAAAAUGUGUGCCUUAAUUCAGAAACCAGAAGUAAAGAUUUUUUGCAUGGUGAAUUUGAAAAGGCUUUUGAAGAUCCUGUUAUCAAACAAGAUCCAGAAGAUGAAGACAAUUUAGUCUUCAUAAAAGACGAGAUAAAGAUUGAGGAACCAGAAAUAAGUAACUGUGAUAUGUGUGACGAGAAUGUGUGUCUUAAUUCAGAACCUUCUAAAAAAAUUAAGAAAAAUAAAAAAAAGGAUAAGAAAGAAUACAAAUGUCCUUUCUGCAAUAAAGUAUUUAAUGAUCCUAGCAAUUUCAAUAGACAUAAGAAAAUUCACACAGGCUAUUCGUAUUCAUUUGAGUGUAAUAUCUGUCACAAAAAAUUUAAAACUCCGUAUGCUCUUAAAGUACAUUUAAGUCGUCAUACUGGUGAAGGUUUGUAUGAAUGUAAAAUUUGUGAUAGAAGAUUUUAUGUACAAUAUGAUCUUGAUCUUCAUGUACGAUCUCAUACCGGCGAACGCCCUUUUAAAUGCCAAAUCUGCGAAAAAAAUUAUAUUUCUCAAAGUACAUUGCGGAAACAUCUUUUAGUUCAUUCUGAUGAAAGAAAACACAAAUGUCCCAAAUGCCCUGCUACAUUUAAACGAGCUGAUGGCUUGAAAGAACAUUUUGAUAGACAACAUAAAAAACAAUAA